UUUACUGACCCUUGUACGAUAUCCAAAAUAUCUAAAUCAAAUCAAAAUGCUUUACAAAAACCGUGUUGUUAUGUCCAGAAUGCGAUCAAAAUAUCGUUACUACUGUAGAUUAUUUUCAACACAACACAAUGUUGCUGAAUUAGAAGUGCCUUUCUCAAAUGGAUUAACUUCCCUAAAGUUGUCAUCAGGAAGGUUUGCACGGUUCGCCGAUGGUUCCUGUGUGGCGACUCUCGGAAACUCGAGUGUGCUAGCCACUGUUGUUUCGAGAGCAAAGCAGAAUAGUGCUUCAUUUCUACCUUUGGUAGUUGAUUAUAGACAGAAAGCAGCUGCUGCUGGAAGAAUUCCAACUAACUUUUUAAGGAGAGAAUUAGGUCCGACGGAACGUGAAAUCCUAAUAUCUCGUCUGAUUGACCGCUCAGUACGCCCACUUUUUCCUCUAAACUAUAAUUUUGAUACUCAAAUUGUGUGCAACACUCUGGCAGUCGAUGCUACAAAUCCGCCUGAAACUAUCGCUAUAAAUGCUGCCAGUGCUGCGUUAGCUGUUUCUGAUGUACCAUGGAAUGGGCCCGUGGGUGCUGUGAGAUUAGGCCAAAUAGACAACGAAAUAAUCAUAAACCCCACUCGCAAAGACCUGGAAAAGUCAAAUCUAAACCUUGUGGUAGCAGCGACGAGGAGCAACCUGGUGGUGAUGCUGGAAGGCAGCGCCAACGAUAUCCUGCAACAGGACCUGCUUAAGGCCAUCAAACUAGGAACCAAAGAAGCCCAAAACGUAGUCCGCGGCAUAGAGAAGCUACAAAAAGAGCAUGGCAAAACCAAACGUGAAUACGAGACACAGCCGCCGCUCGACCAGUCUAUCGUGGCAUCUAUCAAGACACUUUCUACUAUGAAGAUCAGGGAGAUUCUAAGUGACCACUCCCACGACAAGCUGUCACGCGACCUGGCAAUCUCAGAAUUGCGUCAGACUGUUUUGAACCAACUUAGAGACACCGAAGCAGACCUCACCCAGCUACAAGAUUGCUUCUCAUCGCAUCUCAGACAAAUAUUUCGUGAUAUGAUCUUUGAAAAUGAUAUACGAUGUGAUGGACGGCAUUUGGAUGACCUUAGGAAGAUCAGUUGUCAGGUGUCUCUGUAUGAACCCCUACACGGGAGUGCAUUGUUCCAGCGCGGUCAAACGCAGGUCCUAUGCACAGUGGCCUUCGACUCACCCGACAGCGCGCUCAAGAUGGACACACUUACUAUGCUUACAAGUGGCAUAAAAGAGAAGAGCUUCUUCCUGCACUACGAGUUCCCGCAGUUCGCGACGGGCGAGGUGGGCCGCGCGGGGGCGCCGGGGCGGCGGGAGGCGGGCCACGGGGCCCUGGCCGAGAGGGGCCUGCUGCCCGUCGUGCCGCACCAGCCCUACACCGUACGGCUUACCGCAGAAGUACUGGAGUCCAAUGGGUCGAGCUCCAUGGCAUCCGUCUGCGGAGGGUCCUUGGCUCUCAUGGACGCAGGUGUCCCUCUGUCAGCUCCGGCGGCCGGAGUGGCCAUUGGCCUUGUCUCGCGGCAUGAUAACAACGGCAAUAUGGAGGACUACAGGAUCCUUACUGAUUUGUUAGGCAUAGAAGACUACAUGGGUGAUAUGGACUUCAAAGUAGCUGGCACGAAAAAAGGUGUAACGGCGCUUCAGGCCGAUAUCAAAGUUGGUGGGCUGCCCCUGAAGGUCGUCAUGGAAUCCGUGCAGAAAGCUUGUGACGCGAAGAGUCGAAUUAUCGAUAUUAUGAACCAGUGUAUAGAUAAACCGAGACAAGGUAGAAAAGAAAACAUGCCAGUUAUCCAACAGAUGGAAGUAGAGGCACACAAACGAUCCAAACUUGUCGGCCUAGGAGGCAUCAAUCUCAAGAAAUUGUACGUUGAGACCGGUGUGCAGGUAACGCCAAUAGACGAAACAAGAUACAGCAUAUUCGCGCCGUCUCAAGCGGCAAUGGACGAGGCACAAGCUCGCAUACAAACAUGGCUGUCGGCCGAACGGACACCGGAUUUGGAAUUUGGUGCUAUAUAUAAAGCCAAAAUAGUCGAAGUUAAAGAUAUCGGAGUACUUGUCACUUUGUACAGCGGAAUGGCGCCUGCGCUCGUACAUAAUAGCCAACUUGAUCAUAGAAAGAUCCAGCACCCAUCAGUGUUGGGCUUGGACGUGGGCUCCGAGAUCCAAGUCAAGUACUUCGGCCGCGAUCCCGUCUCAGGCCAGGCCAGGCUAUCGAGGAAAGUGCUUACGUCACCGCCGCCCGGCAUCGUUAGAAAACUUGAUAAAAGUUAAAUAUUGCAGUGACUUUUGAUACGAAACAGGAAAAAAAAACUGUGAAUUUAUAUUUUCGUUUGACAGUGAAAACCUUGGAAAUCAAAUAUAAUAAAGAAAUAUUAUAGGUGUUUUUUUAGAAACAAAGCGUUGGAGCGCCCAUUCCAUGUAUUGCCCCACCUAUAAAACAUUUGAAGAACAGUCCAAUAUUUUUGUGUUAAAGAAUUAGAGAAGAUCAAAUUGUUAUCUUACAUUUGUUGGAGAUACCUUCUGUAUAAGUGUAUUUGUUGAACGGACUUCCUGUACAAGUGUGUUUGUUGGACGUACCUCCUGUAAAAAUAUAUUUAUUGAACGUACCACUUGUAAAAAAAUAUUUGUUAAACAUGGUCGUU